UAGUUUUCCCGAAUCAGUGUGAGUGCGGCAGCGAAAGUGAUUUGUAUUGCGCAAUAGUGGGCGGAUAAAUAGUGCAGAAAUCGCGGAUCCAAGCAACUUGCGACCAUACAGUUUUCAAAAAUUAGAGUUUUCCAAACAUGAAGUGCGCCAUAGCGUUCUUAUUACUGGCUGGUAUGCUGGCCAUAGGCGUCAACGCCGGUAACGAACCGGUUUGCUCAUAUCGCAAUACUCAGGGCGAAACGAUAUUCCUCAAAUAUUUGCCGCUACUCAAACAGGGUCAGGAUUAUGUGGACUUCGGUGUGGAUGGCAAGUGUGUGAAGCGCGCUGUAUGUUCGGAAAAUUUCAAAACCGAAGUGGAAGAUUGCGGCAAGUAUCGCGUCACGUGCGGCAACAAAAAGACUUUCAAUGGCGUCUUUCCCGGUUGCUGUGUCAAAUGCUAAUUGAAAAUAAACAACAACAACCACAAACAACAAAAAAUAAACACAAAAUGAAAUGAAGUUAAACGGAUUCACCCAGUGCUUGUGCCACAAAUCGACUUUUUUUAACGAAUUUACUCAAAAAAUAUACAAACGUUACUUUUUACUAAAAAGCUAUAUAAAAUAUUAGUACUUGAAGAUUAUACUAUUUUAUUAAAUGUUUAUUUACGAAUAUUAACAACUUAUACAUAUAUAUUAUGAAAAUGUUGCACAAAAUAAAUAAAAAGCAUGAAUGUUUCACAGAAAAAAA